AUGGAACAAGUGAACACUUUCAAUGACUACAGGAAGCAAGCUAAUGGACCAUUCUCUGAGUCCUACAACCCUAGGUGGCAAAACCACCCAAAUUUUUCAUGGAAGCAGAACCAGCCCAUGGGUCAGGGAGGAACCCCUCAUCAUGCCCAAAGCCAAUACCCCCUUGGAUAUCAUGGUCGUUCGGCUCAAACAGCUCCAGUGCAUCAAGCACCCACUCAAGUGCUAGCCUCAUCUUCACAGUCAAAUUUGGAAGACACUCUUAAGGCCUUCAUGCAGAUCACAAACCAAGCGAUUGCCAAGAUGGAGGUUCAGAUGGGUCAAAUGGCAAAUCACUUGAGUGAAAGAGAGAAGGGAAAGCUCCCUAGUCAGCUCGUGCCCAAUCCGAAGUUACAGUUUGGUAGGGGAAGUUCUUCAAAUCCUAGACAAUGGCAAGAGAAUGUGCAAGCUAUUGUCACACUGAGGUAUGGGAGACAAGUGGACAAUCAAGUGGUUCUUCCUGAAGAGAACCCUACUGUGUCUCAAGGGCAAGAUAGUGGCAACAAUAUGGAGAGAGAUGCAGAGCCAUCUAAAGCCACACCCAUCAUUGAGGAUUCCCCUAGGUCAUUUGUGCCUAAGGUGCCAUACCCAGACAGAUUACAAGCGCCUAAGAAGGGAGGAAAGUUUGAAGACAUUUUGGAGGUGUUCAAACAAGUUCAGAUUAAUAUCCCGUUUUUGGAUGCCAUCCAGCAAUGCAAGCCGCCCAUUAAGUACAAGGACCCCGGGUGUCCUACUAUCUCUAAGGUGCCAUACCCAAACAGAUUACAAGUGCCUAAGAAGGGAGGAAAGUUUGAGGACAUUCUGGAGGUGUUCAAACAAGUUCAGAUUAAUAUCCCGUUUUUGGAUGUCAUUCAGCAAGUGCCGUCUUAUGCCAAGUUCUUAAAGGACUUGAUUACAGUUAAGAGGAGAACUAAUGUCCCAAAGAAAGUUUGUUUGACCAAGCAUGUUAGCUCAAUCCUUCAGUGUAAGCUGCCCAUUAAGUACAAGGACCCCGGGUGUCCUACUAUCUCUUGCAUGAUAGGAGUUAGCAGAACUGAGAAAGCCUUAUUAGAUCUUGGAGUUGGUGAAGAUACCACGAGGAAUCAUUAA